AUGAUGUUUCUUUCCAGAGUGGACCAGGAGAGUUUAGAGGUUCCCAGUGGUCAGUCUGCCCAGCAGCAUCAAACACACCUGGACUCCAUCUUUAUGCUGCUGGAGGAAGACAUCAUCACUUUUGUGAAGAACGAGCUGAAGAAGAUCCAGAAGGUUCUGAUUCCAGAUUACCCAGAAUGCUUAGGGAGUCAGCGAAAGGAUGAGGAGGUGUUGGACGGUGAGGAUGAAGAGCAGAGGAGGAGCAACAGAGAGGCAUUUCUGAAGAUCACACUGCACUUCCUGAGGAGAAUGAAGCAGGAGGAGCUGGCUGACCAUCUGCAGAGCAGAAGCUAUUGUGGUGUUUGUAAGCAUAAACUCAAAUCUAACCAGCAGAAGACGUUCAAGUGUGUGUUUGAGGGGACUGCUAAAGCAGGAAACCCAACCCUUCUGAAUCAGAUGUUCACAGAGAUCUACCUCAUGGAGGGAGGAGCUGCAGAAGUCAAUGAUGAACAUGAGGUCAGACAGAUUGAAACAGAAUCCAGAAAAAGAGACAGACCAGAAACAACAAUCAGACAAGAAGACAUCUUUAAAACCCCACCUGGACGAGAUGAACCAAUAAGAAAAGUGAUGACAAAGGGAGUGGCUGGCAUCGGGAAAACAGUCUUAACACAGAAGUUCACUCUGGACUGGGCUGAAGACAAAGCCAACCAGAACAUCCAGUUCACAUUCCCAUUCACCUUCAGAGAGCUGAAUGUGCUGAAAGACAGAAAGUUCAGCUUGGUGGAACUUGUUGAUUACUUCUUUAGUGAAACAAAAGAAGCAGGAGUCUACCGGUUUGAAGAGGUUGUGUUCAUCUUUGACGGUCUGGAUGAGUGUCGACUUCCUCUGGACUUCCUCAACACUGAGAUCCUGACUGAUGUUACAGAGUCCACUUCAGUGGAUGUGCUGCUGACUAACCUUAUCAGGGGGAAACUGCUUCCCUCUGCUCGCAUCUGGAUAACCACACGACCUGCAGCAGCCAGUCAGAUCCCUCUUGGGUGUGUUGACAUGGUGACAGAGAUCAGAGGGUUCACUGAUAACCAGAAGGAGGAGUACUUCAGGAAGAGAUUCAGAGAUGAGGAGCAGGCCAGCAGAAUCAUCUCCCACAUCAAGAGCUCACGAAGCCUCCACAUCAUGUGCCACAUCCCAGUCUUCUGCUGGAUCACUGCUACAGUUCUGGAGAACGUGUUGAAGAUCAAAGAAGGAGAAGAGUUGCCCAAGACCCUGACUGAGAUGUACAUCCACUUCCUAGUGGUUCAGUCCAAAGGGAAGAACAUCAAGUAUGAUGGAGGAGCUGAGACAGAUCCACACUGGAGUCCAGAGAGCAGGAAGAUGAUGGAGUCUCUGGGAAAACUGGCUUUUGAGCAGCUGCAGAAAGGCAACCUGAUCUUCUAUGAAUCAGACCUGACAGAGUGUGGCAUCGAUAUCAGAGCAGCCUCAUUGUACUCAGGAGUGUUCACACAGAUCUUUAAAGAGGAGAGAGGACUGUACCAGGACAAGAUGUUCUGCUUCGUCCAUCUGAGUUUUCGGGAUUUUCUGGCUCCCUUUCAUGACAUCUGACCUUCCCUACUCUGAUCACCUGCGGG